AUGGGGAGAUUGUUGUCGAUAGCAGCUGUCACUGCGGCGCUGCUAACCGCUGCAUCGGCCCAGAUCAGGGUUCGUCUGAAUCCAUCUAACGUGCGCUCCUUGGCGGAGCCUGAUUUUCACACCUGGACAAUCGAGAGCGAAAGCCAGAAUGCGUCAACCACUGUUGAUAACGUCUCGUUUGGAUUAUCUGCCGACUCGCAACUAGAGGGCAAUUACUUCAAAUAUCAGUACACGCGAACCAUUUCGCACCUUGGAGAGCGUGUCGUCAACCAAGGGAUAACGGCAGGUGACGAGUCUGGGGAUAUCGUUCUGUCCAUCAAAGGACUGUCCAAAGGGGAGCACACGCUUCUCGCCUGGCACAACGCCUGGGACGCUGUUGAUUCGAUCGGGUCGGUGUCUGUUUCUGUGAAUGGCGUGAAGAAAACCUCGGCCAAACAAUCCGUGCGCGUGGAUAACAUCUGGGAGGCCGCAACCUCGUAUGUCACCUUCAGUGUGAACUCGGAAAACGAGGAAGUAAAGUUCAGCUACGCACCGUCCGGCAACUCUGAGGAUGUGGGCGUAGUCCUGAACGGAUUCGAGAUCGACACGCCCGCGAUCGGAAACCAGAUAUCCUUCCCAUCACCGAACCACCGCGACGAGCGGAUCCAGCCAGAGAAUGGAAAUGGUAUUAUCGCAUCGUGGCGGGCGCCAUCAUCUGCCAAGGGCGCUACGUAUAAUGUCUACCAAGGGACUGCGACAGAUGAGCUGAAGUUGACAGCCAAGGGCCUGAACAAGACGGAGACCAGCCUGUCCGGUUAG